UCAUGUGGUCCUACCCCUUCCGUAAUUCAUGCCUUAAUGAAUUACCAUAAGCUUUUUCUCCUUCAACUUUUUUAGCUUCUUCUUCUUGUUCUUCUUCAGCUCAGUGCCCUAUCCACUUUGGUUUCUUCAUCAAUGGCUAAACCAAAGAUGACCAGGACUCAUCACUUCAUCUUCUUUAUCUCCUUCUUCUUCUUCUUCUUCUUCUUCACCAUUUUUCAAUGUGGCAAAUCAUCUCAGUUUGGCUUAGAAGAUGGGCUGUCUUGGCUCAAUGAAGAGGAUAGUGAAGUUGACAUGGUUCAGACCAGGCAUGAUUCCUCAAAUAGUUGUGAUUUUACUUCAGGAAAAUGGGUUUAUGAUCAGUCAUAUCCUCUCUAUGACUCAAGUUGCCCUUAUCUUAGUACAUCAGUCACUUGUAAAAGAAAUGGGAGGCCUGAUUCUGACUAUGAAAAGUGGAGAUGGAAGCCUCAUGCCUGCUCUGUUCCAAGGUUUGAUGCAUUGAGAUUUCUUGGAAAGAUGAGAAAGAAAAGAAUAAUGCUGGUUGGGGAUUCUAUAAUGAGGAACCAAUGGGAGUCUCUUGUGUGCUUAGUACAAGGAGUUAUUCCAAUGGGUCAUAAGAUGGUCCACUAUAAUGGUCCUUCCAUGGCCUUUCUUGCUUUGGACUUUGAGACAUCUAUUGAGUUUACUUGGGCUCCACUGCUUGUGGAAUUGAAGAAAGAAGCUGGAAACAAGAGAAUCCUUCAUUUGGAUAUGAUUGAAGAGAAUGCAAGAUAUUGGAGAAAUAUUGACAUUCUUGUGUUUGAUUCUGCCCAUUGGUGGACUCAUUCUGAUAAAUGGAGUUCGUGGGACUACUACAUGGAAGGGCAGUCUCUAAUCAAGAGUAUGAAUCCAAUGAUCGCUUACCAAAAGGGACUCACCACAUGGGCUAAAUGGAUAGAUUUAAAUCUUGAUCCUCGUAGAACCAGAGUCAUCUUUAGAAGCAUGUCUCCAAGGCAUAACAGGGAUAAUGGUUGGAAAUGCUAUAAACAAAGGACGCCUUUAGCAUUUUUCAGUCACCAACAUAUCCCUGAACAGUUGGUGGCGUUGAAAGAGGUGUUGAGAAAAAUGAGCUUUCCAGUAUAUUUACAAGAUAUCACAACGAUGUCGGCUCUACGUAGAGAUGGGCAUCCUUCUGUUUACAGAAGGGCAAUAAGCCAAGAAGAAAGGCGGCACCCAAGAGACUUUUCCUCUGACUGUAGCCAUUGGUGCCUUCCUGGGGUACCUGAUAUCUGGAAUGAGAUGUUGAGUGCACUUCUUUAGGUGAAGAGUAGGUGUACCAGUGAGUAGAAUGACUCUUCUACUAAAUACUUAGUUGUUUUUCUUUUCUUUGUUUAUUACAGAGUUUUUGAUAAUUAGUAAUGGUUUUGUAUUUUAUGAGGUUGUAUUAUAUUCGAAAUGGUUGAUGGUGUAUUUGUUGGGCAUGCCCCUUCAACCACCUUGAAAUGAUCACUAGGAGGGUUCUUGCUAUUAUUAUUUCA